AUGCGAUUUGAUGGGAGGCAUGGAAAGUUGCGUGCUGCAGUAAAUUUAAAGAAAUAUGUAAAUUUGAAGGCAAAUUUGAUCAGAACAGAGAGACAUCUUUUGAAAGGAAUGAGUUUCAUCUGCCAUGUUGAGCAUCCUCGUAAGUUUAUGUCGAAUUAUCUUGCUACUCUUGGAACUCCUCCAAAACUAAGGCAAGAAGCUUGGAAUCUUGCAAAUGAUAGCUUGCGCACAACUUUGUGUGUUAGGUUCAAGAGUGAAGUUGUGGCAUGUGGUGAUAUAUAUGCUACAGCCCGAAGAUUUCAAGUGCCACUGCUAGAGAAUCCUCCAUGGUGGAAAGCAUUUGAUGCUGAUAAGUCUGGUAUAGAUGAGGUUUGUAGAGUUCCGACCCACCUAUACACCCUUCCAAAGGCAAAAUAUAUACCUGUAAGCAAGGAACGAUGUUCAUUUGCAACAUCUAAUCGAUCAUGGGAUUCACCACAUGAGUCUGUUGCCAAGGAUGGUUCCCCGACUGGACCAACUGCAAAUGAAGAUAGUACUGCAAAAGGGUCCUUUUCAGCUGCAACUCAGGAAGUGGGUAAGGAUGUACUAGUAAAAGCUGCUCUUGACAAGAUGGAGGAGUUGAAGAGUGCCAAUGACUCUAAAAGCAUGCCCACUAGGGAAGAGUCGAGAGGAGAUCUAGAGUCUAAAUUGAUGUCUGAUCAUUGA